UGUAUUCUCUCUCUUUCUCUCUCUCAUAACACAUAGAGAUCAAUGGAGCUGAAGAAGAUUCGUCUGUGUUCAGUUUUGCUCGUCUUCAUGCUUCUUCUCAUGGCCACCGAAAAGAUGGGGCCGAAGGUGGCUGAAGCAAGAACCUGUGAGUCACAGAGUAAUCACUACAAGGGAUCAUGCUUCCGCCAUAGCAACUGUGGUCAUAUCUGCAGGAGUGAGGGAUUUGAAGGAGGUGUCUGCAAAGGAUUUCGCCGUCGUUGCUUCUGUAUCAAAGCUUGUUAAGGCA